GGCUAAGAUUAAGACAGUGUUGGCAGAAUUUCGAGACAAGGCUUUAUCUGCCAAAGGUCUGAAUCUUGAAGACUUCACCAAAUGGCAUUUAUCAGAACACCAGGAGGAGCUGCAUAGUAUGGCCGGGGUCUUUCUAGACAAGCACGGAGAGCAGCUUUGGCCCUGCGACGAGGACCCGUCUCAAAGCAACAGACUGCGAUACCCGAAAGACCAAAAUGAUAUUUUGUCGCCAGAGUUACGGGGCGGAAAAAACCUCCAAAUUGCGAGAUAAGAGAACGAAGAACAUGGGAUACUGCGAAGACCUUCAAGAUGAAGACUACAGCCAUCGGAGUCCAGACUCCUUAGGCCGUAGAGUUGAAGACUGCCCGACUCGUAUUGAGAGGGGGCCUUUUGAGACCAUAUACGUUGCGGCUACAAGCACUGAAGCAACUUCUCAUCAGCCAGGUCAGAAAGAUUUGAUACAAAAGCCUAUGAAGCGCUGUGCAAUGACUGCUCUUGACUCUGCAUGCACAGCGCGCCGUCACCCCCGCCUCACAACGCACCUGGGCUGCGGGCUGUUCUCAGACAACAGAACCAAUAUCGACUAUGAGCAAGAGAGCAUUGUGGUCAACGAGAGUUCAAUCCGAAGCUCGUCGGCUCAAAUGGGUGGUCAUGACGAAACGGCAAGCGACGCCCGACCAACGAACACUGAAACUCGAUCCCCAACCAAUUCUACCUUUGUAGUCGAAGCCGGGAGUUCCGACAAUCGCGAAUAUUUGCCAGGUUUAGGGGCCGAGGAACAAACCACCCAAGAUCAGUUGCCAGCCAGAGAUGACAGUACCAACUUCGUGCACACAAACGAAGGUUUGGCAGAGACGGGCUCGACAAGGGAGACUGCCGGGACCAGUCUACCAGAGUCGACAGUAGAAGAACAGGCGGGUACGAGGCAUGAUCCAAUCUUGCCUGCCUCGCAUGGGUCGAAGCUCGGCGUCAAGGGAACACCGGCUCUGUCCAACGUGAGCAAUAUCAACCAACUCGUACCUGAGGUUGAGUUCAGCUAUGGCGUUGCCUUACAGUACCCAGUGCACCUCAGGAUACCGUGGACCCCCAGGGGUCACCUUGCUUUCAAAACCCUUUCUGAAUUGGAGAUCGAACUCAAGACGGUGCUGGAGGAAGGCUGGACUCGGACGACAGGCAAACAGGACUUCGCUGGCCUCAAGGAGUUCCGAAUUGAGUCGUGGCAUUUCGAUGUGCGUGGCCAUGGCGCCAUUCUAGAAUUCGAAGUCAAGCGUGGGAGAGAAAAACAAUUCGAACACAUGAAGAGAAAGGUGGAUGAGCACAUACGACUAGCGAUACAGAUGUCGCCGGAGUUGAGACCGUCGUUCGACAUCGAGAUUCACAUAGUCACCGGCAGAGACUCGGGGAUCAGACAGGCGGGCGGCCGCAGCUUUGAUUGAUAGCUUUUGUGUGUUAAAUGGGGUGUGCUUCCCUAGAUAGAGAAACCUAUCUUCCGUGACUUCCUUUCAACCUCCAGGCGAAUAUGGCCCGUUGCACUAGAGUUAGCCUACUCUGUUGCACGAGAGGUAAGGCGCAACAAUCGGAUAGUAGAAGAAUUUACACGUUCUGAAG